AUGCCGUGGCUUGGAAUUAGAACAGGUUUGCCAUUACCAUCAAGGUGGGAGUUAUUUUGGCAAAUACUAGUUUACUUUCUCAUAGAAGAUUACACAAACUACUGGAUCCACAGGAUGCUACAUUGCAAAUGGGGCUAUGAAAACAUCCACAAAGUUCAUCAUGAAUACAAAACACCUAUUGGAUUUGCAGCACCCUAUGCUCAUUGGGCUGAGAUUUGGAUACUAGGUAUCCCUGCAUUUCUUGGUCCAGUAUUGGUUCCAGGACACAUUAUAACCUAUUGGUUAUGGUUCAUUUUGCGACAGCUAGAAGCCAUUGAGACACAUAGUGGAUAUGAGUUUCCUUGGAGUUUUACCAAAUAUAUACCGUUUUAUGGAGGUGCUACUUACCAUGAUUAUCACCAUUAUGUUGGUGGAAGAACUCAGGGAAACUUUGCCUCAGUGUUUACCUACUCUGAUUACAUUUAUGGAACACAAAAGGGGUACCAAUACAAAAAGAGGAUGGAUGAGAAAAUGUCUCCUACUGACACUUUCAAUGAACAAGAUUACAAGAACCUACGCCAAAUUGUUGAAGAUUUUCUGUUACAAAUUUUGUUGAGUUUUGUGAAGGAGAUGAAGAUGGAUUUUGCGGUGAUGAAGAUAGAUGAUUGA